GAUUAAUAUCACCAAUUGCCAAAUGCUUGCUAAAACUUUUUUCUCUAUAAAUAGACCAUUACAGUUCUUCAAGUGAAUGGUCCUUGAGGCAAUUUUGUCUACUUCCAUGAACACCAACGAGUCUCCAAUAAACCCUACAAAAUAUAGAGAGAUAAUUUCAACUCUUCCUCGUCAACCAAAUGUCUUUGCACCACCACUCGAUCAAUACAUCCAUAAGUAUCAAGGCUUUUGGUUUCGUACAACUAUGCUAGAAAGCAUAAUGUCAGUGCAUGAACACUUCACACCCCAACCUACUGAUAUUAUCAUUUGCACCAAUCCAAAAUCUGGCACCACUUGGCUUAAAGCCUUGUGUUUUGCUACUUUCACAAGAACACGAUUCAAUGAUUUCUCCUCACAUCCAUUGUUCACGAAGUCCCCACACGAUUUUAUUCCUUGGAUUGAAAUUUCGGCUAACAGAGAAUCUGAACUUCCAGUUUUUGCCACACACAUUCCCUACACUCUUUUGCCCAAGUAUAUUGUAGAGUUGAAGUGUAAAAUCAUUUACCUCUCCAGAGAUCCCAAGGAUUUGUUUAUUUCGUAUUGGCAGUUUAUGUGUAAGUUACGCAAGGAAGCCAUUCCAUUAGAGACAGCAUAUCAGUAUUUUUGCAAAGGAAUAAAUUCUUGUGGACCUUGGUGGGAUCAUAUUUUAGGCUCCUGGAAAGCAAGUCUUGAAUUUCCAGAGAAAAUACUCUUUAUGAAAUAUGAAGAUAUGAUGAAUGAUCCUUUCUCCUAUGUCAAAAGAAUUGCUGAAUUCAUGAGUUGCCCUUUUUCUGCAGAAGAAGAGAGACAAGGGUUAGUGCAAAAAAUCGUCAACUUGUGCAGCUUUGAGACUCUAAGCAAUUUGGAAGUGAACAGAAAUAGCUUAGAGAACUCUGCAACAGGAGCUCUCAAAAUUGAAAACAAUUCAUUCUUUAGGAAAGGUAAAGUUGGUGAUUGGAAGAACUAUUUGACAGCUGAAAUGGGAGCUCACCUUGACCAAAUAACUGAGCAAAAGUUCAGUGGUUCUGGAUUAUCUUUUCGAGCCCAAGAUUUGCAGUGUCUCAGUGAAGGCAAAUCUUAAUGAAGGCAAGUACUUGUCUUAGUUUGCAUAAAGAUUUGAAUAAUGUUAGAAUGAUCAACCUAAGCAUAUGUUGUAGUGAUCUUAAUGAAAGCUUAUCUUAGUUUAUUGAUAAUUGAUAUUCUGAAAUUUAAAAAAAUAAUAUUUA